CUUAUCACAAUGUCAUAGUGGUAGAUAACCUCAGUCGUUAAAUUACAAUUGAACACAUGUGGUAAGAAAAUGCAUGCCUUAUGGUUAGUGGCGUUCUUUGCAAUCUUCACCAAUGGCAGCGAAGAGGGAACGUUUAAAGAUACAUUGCUAAAAUUUUCAAUAGAUGAAGUGGGCGAUUUUUCUUUACUGCAGCGUGUAACCGGUUCGGUGACACCAAGAAUUGUGUCAUCACAAGUUAAGAUCGUCGAGUGUUACAACCAAACCGUGCCCAUUAUCAAACAAGGAGCAAUAGCAGAUAUGAAGGAAUUAAUGACCCUGGUGUUCACCGGUAAUAAAAUUAACAAAAUUAAAUUUGCCGCCUUUCUCAACUUGCCUAAGCUCGAAGACAUGGUGUUGGUGAAUAACCAAAUUAGAAUGAUCGAAAUUGGGGUGUUUGGUGUUUUACCUUCCGUUUCGCGAAUAAAUUUACACAAUAAUCGCUUAACUUUCUUCGAACAUGGAACGUUUACCAACAUGCCUAAUUUAAUGAAUCUCAUCGUAAGUAAUAACGGGCUUGAUUCUAUUGAACAUCAAUGGUUUGACAUCGAUUCUCGUUUGACAGUGCUUGAGCUGUCCAAUAAUUUGAUUAGAAGAAUACCGAUUGAUGCUUUUAAAAACACACAAAAAUUAGAGAUAGUCAACCUGAGCGACAACAAAAUACUUACUGUAGACGAGAGAGCUUUCGAAGGACUAUCGACAUUAUUCACACUCAAUUUGAGUAACAACAGGAUAUACCAGUUAACUGGGCGACUUUUUAAGCCAUUGGUUGCAUUGGAUGAAUUGAUGUUACACGGAAACAAUCUGACCUACAUUCACAGACAAAUUUUGGAAGACGUCAGUACUACUUUGAAGGUAUUGACAAUCUACUCCAACCCCUGGCAAUGUGCAUGUUAUGAUAACAUACAUCAAUGGGCGGCCAAGAGGGCCAAAUUAGAAAUCGAUAGUGUUAUCGGGUGUAAGAUUGAAUUUAAUCCUGUCUGUGUGAUUCCUUUUACUAAUUCGGAGGAGUGUUUGGAAGAUCCUGACGAUGAGUUAGAUUACAUGUUCUACAGCCAAUUUAAUGUGACCAACCAUUGUUAAUUAAAUAUGCAAAAUAAAUAAAUAGUGAAGCUAC